AUGACUACCCGCAAGAGAAAGCAAGCCGAGGAGGAGCUCCUGGCCCUUCCUAGCGAUGAGAGCGAAGAGGAGGAAGAAUAUGAAGACUCCGAGCCUGAUGUAGAGGAAGGAAGCGACGAGGGUGAACAGGAAGAGGUGGAGGGAGAGUCUGAGUCUGAUGAAGACGAGGAAGGAGAGGAAGAACAGCCAGAACCAAAGCAAGAAGCGAAGAAAGAAGCCAAGAAAGAAGAUAAGAAAGAAGAUAAGAAAGAAGCCAAGAAAGAAGCUAAAGAGGAAGAAGAAGGCGCUCCGGCAGCCAAGAAGCGCAAGACUGUUCCUGCGCCUACUGUCGUCGAUGAGGACCAGGAGCCUGCUGAGGCAGAAGAGGUGGAAGAUAGUGCCGUCGAGACCACCGAGAAGAGUGGCCCGGGUGCCGCUGCUGUUAAGGAUAAGGGUGAUGUUGUUCCCAAGGAGUCAUAUCUGCCCGAAGUUGAGACAGUUACGAAAGAGGAGUGA